AAAAAUAAAAUGACAACUGAACUGGAGACCUUGCCGCAGGUUACUUACCUGCCAAUUCAGCUCUCACAGCUGGUUAUUAAGAAAUGGACUGGAGACAUCAUUGACUAUGAGAAGGGGGCCCAGAUCGCUAAAGUCUAUCAUGGCAGAGGCCGCUGCGAGUUCAAAGAAGGGCACAUCUACAACGGUGAGAUGAAAUACGGCCUCCUUCAUGGCGAAGGGGAGUUCAUUUGGAAAGACGGAACUAAGUAUUACGGUCAAUUUCAGAACAACGAGAUUACAGGCAAAGGUAAGUACGACUGGACUGACAAAAGCACUUACUUUGGCUAUGUAAAGAACGGAAUGAGGCAUGGAGAAGGCAAGUAUCUUAACAAAAAUGAAGGAGUUGAAUACAAUGGCGAGUGGCAAAACGGACUUAGACACGGAGAAGGCAUCCUCAAGUACAAAAAUGGCAGUAUUUAUGACGGAAACUGGGAAAUGGGUCAGAAAUCAGGCAAAGGAAAGAUGACCUACGCCAGUGGCAACUUCUAUGAAGGAGAAUGGAAGAAUAAUAAAAGGAAUGGAGAAGGAGUCAUGCACUGGAAGACCACUAAUGAGAAAUAUACUGGACACUGGGAAGACGGUUACCAGAGUGGAUUUGGAACUCACAUCUGGCUCGAAGGCAGUGGAGAGAACAAACUCUUGAGGAAUAGGUAUGUUGGGUACUGGAAGAAAGGACUAAGACAUGGCCAAGGAACCUUCUAUUAUUCAAACGGAUCCAAGUAUGAAGGGGAAUGGAAGGAUAACCUGAAAGAUGGAGCUGGUAUUUUCACCUUUGAAGAUGGAACCACCUAUAAUGGACCGUUUAAGAACGAUAGAAUGGUUGAAAGAAGCCUUCAAGGAGUGGCUCAGAUAGGAUCUGGUGAAGGAAGUACUGAAAUGACAAAGAACAGAUCGAUAAAACCCAAGGGUCAAAAUGAUAAGGUAGUUGCUUCAAACAGAGUCAAGAAGGAAGUUGAAGCAAAUCCAUUCAAAAUUCUUAUUGACAUUACAGAUCUUGUGGAGUUAGAAAGGAACUCAGCUGAAGUUGAAAAAGAAAUCCAGAAUAUCCUCUUGAGGUAUAAUAGUGAUAUUAAGAGAUGGUACAAAAUCUACUCUAAGAAAGUAGAGGCAGUAAAGAGCGAAGAAAGCUUUGCUCUUACUCUGAGACAAGUUUGGAGAUUCUUCAGAGAUACUCAAAUUACCUCUUCUGAUUCCACUCUAGCAAUUAUUGAUAGAGUAUUUAACCAAGGUAGAAAGAACCACUUCACAAUUUUGGGAGAGAAGGAUAAGAAGAAGUUUCACCUUGCAGCAAGUAAAGUAGGAGAAUGGAGACCUACAACUGAAAAGACCACAGAAAAGCACACUGCUAAUGUUGAAGGAUCUGUUAUUGAAGAGAAUAAAGACUUCAAUCCUUCUCGGGAUGGAAAUAUGAAUAUAGGCAAUCCAGAUGCUAUAGGAGAAAACGUAGGAGACUCUUUCAUUAUCGAAAAGCAGGAUAACGUCAAAAUUGAGAGCAGCAAACUAGACAUCCUUGAUUCAGAUAGUGAGGAGGAGAUUGAAGAAUUUGCUGAAGUAGAUGCCGAUAGUCUUCACGAGCCAACUAAAGCUAUCCUUCAGAGACAAUUCUUCGAAGCUAUAGUAAGAGCAUGUCAUGUAUCAUAUGCUAAUACAACCAACUUCAAAACUCUUGCAGAAAAGCUAGACCACAUGAUGAAGAAUCAUUGUGCUCCAUUUGCUACAAAGAAUAAGUCUAAAACUCCAGAAGACGAGAAGAGCUAUAAGGCUGCUGAGAAAAUCUUUGAAAUGCUAGGAUCAGAGAUUAAUUUCUUAUUCGACUCAAUCUCAAAGAAGGAUGGCAAAGCAGUAUUUGGUGUCAUUGACAAGACAAUCGAAGUCGAAGAUCUUGUUCAGUUCUGUAAGAGGAUCGAUCUCUUGUGGAAUGAGACUCCUCCUCAAAAAGACAAACCUGAAGAGCCAAAGGAGGACAGCCCUGAAGCUGAAGGAGAAGGAGAGGGUGACCAUGAAGCUGACAAAGAUGCAUCAAAAUCAAAACAAAUUGAUAAAUCUAAAAUUACUAAAAGUAAUGAGGAGGAGAAGAAGGAAGAAGGCGAGGGUGAAGGAGAAGAAGCCCCUGAAGACCAACCAGAAGCUGAGUUCAAGUGUCCUGACGAUAAGAUCUCCCUCCUCGAGUUGAUAAGGAUUAUUGAGAAGUAUUAUAACCCGAGAAAGACCCUACAGGCAAUUAUUCAGGAGAAGAUCGACCCUGAUGAUUAUAAUAAGGAAUAUAAUAUCCAUAAGCUCACAAAUAGGUACUACAUGCAUAUUAAGGGAAGUGAGAUGAUCCAGUAUGAGUUCAAAGAAAUCCUCAUCGAAAUUAGUAUGUUGCUUAAAAGCAAGGUUGAGGAACCAAGUGGAAAACUAAAGGUCAGAUCUACUCUGAAGAGAUUCAUCGAAGAGAUCCUUCUCAAGAGAUAUGCUGCCUUCAGCAAGUUACCUCGGAAAGUCCAAACCUUUAACACUACUCAGCAGUGGCCUGAUAGCUACAAGGAUCAGUUGAUCAAGGAAAGAACAGAAGCUGAGAAAAUCAGACAGAAAGAAGAGAGAAAACUCAAAGAGAUGCAAGAGAAGGAAGCCAGAGAGCUUGAACUAAUGAGACAAGAAGACACCCCUGCUCUUAGCUCUGAAGAAAUCCAAGAGCUCAUGAGACAGAAAGAGCUUGAAGAGAGGCUUAAGAAGGAGCAAGAGGAAGCAGAUGCCCUCGAUGAAGACGAGGAUGAAGACCUUGAUGAUGACGAAGACAUAGAUGAAGAUGAUGACUAUGACUAUGAAGAAUAAAGACGAAUUCAAAAUAUAUUCAUCAACCUAAAUUAUUUAAAUU